UAUUAGGCAAAGCGGCUCGUCGUUGUCUCGUUGCGAAUCGUAGACUCGACUAUACGACUGCCGCUGUCUGCUCGUGCACAUUGUAUCAUUAUGGGGGAGCCAGACAGCUGGGAAUCACUCGUCGAUCCAAAUGACGUGGCGAAGACCAACUCAACACUCAAUCCAGAUGCGACGUCGUUCUCACUAAACGUGCACGCUCAGGAGUUUGUUCCCUCGUUUUUGCGCAAAUCAGAUGCACCAGCUCAACCGCCCGGGCAGCGUGCAAUACAAACUAGCUCUGAUGAGGUAGCGAGCGAUAAGCAGAUGGUGCCGACUGGAGGGAAAUCUGCAGUUGCAUCUGAUACACGUUUAUCUCAUCCGGCGGGUGGUGACGUUGUAAAUGAUAAAGAGACAUCUACAGCCUGUGACCAACGUCUUCAACAAGAAGCAUCAACAGAUAUAUCUCAUCAGGAGGAGAUCAAAGUAGAUGCAGUUGAGGAAGGUAUCGAAAAACUGCAAGUGGGCAGCAGAGAAAAAGAGACCAAGCCUGCGAAGUCUGCAUCAGUAACAGCAGCUAUGACUGCUGCAGCGGCGGCAGCGGCAGCAGUUGCACAACCAGAGAAAGAGAAUAUUAACAUUAUAUUUAUUGGUCAUGUUGAUGCUGGGAAGUCGACUAUUGGUGGUCACCUAAUGUAUCUCACUGGCCAGGUUGACAAGCGAACGCUAGAGAAGUAUGAACGAGAAGCGAAGGAGAAGAAUAGAGAGACAUGGUACUUGUCAUGGGCUCUGGAUACUAACCAGGAGGAAAGAGACAAGGGCAAAACUGUUGAAGUCGGUCGUGCUUCGUUUGAUACCGAAAACAAGCAUUUCUCUAUCCUCGAUGCUCCAGGACAUCGCAGUUUUGUACCAAACAUGAUUGGUGGGGCACAGCAAGCUGAUAUAGGGAUUCUGGUUAUUUCUGCUAGAAAAGGAGAAUUUGAAACUGGCUUUGAAAGAGGUGGCCAGACAAGAGAGCAUGCAAUGUUGGCAAAGACAGCCGGUGUUAGACAUUUAGUUGUACUGAUCAACAAAAUGGAUGACCCGACUGUCGAGUGGUCAGAGGAGAGAUACGAGGAGUGCAAGACCAAACUGACUCCUUUUCUGAAGAAGGUCGGGUUCAAUCCCAAAACCGAUAUUUACUACAUGCCUGUAUCAGGACUGACUGGUGCCAACUUGAAGGAUCCGUUACCAGCAUCUUUGUGCCCAUGGUACAGAGGACCUUCAUUCAUUUCAUACUUAGAUGAGCUACCGUCUCUAACGCGUCGGACUGACCUUCCUCUUCGUAUGCCGAUUGUAGAUAAGUACAAGGACAUGGGGACUGUUGUUCUUGGUCGAGUCGAGUCAGGUGUGAUUCAAAAAGGAAGCACUCUGAUGUUGAUGCCAAACAAAACCUCUGUAGAAGUGCUUGCUGUUCUUUUUGAUGACCUCGAUGUUCCUCAAGCAUCAUGUGGAAAGACAUUAAAAGUUAAACUAAAAGGCGUAGAAGAAGAGGACAUCUCUGCUGGUUUUGUCUUAUGCCCCUCCUUGUCUCCUUGUCAUGCUGCCACAAAAUUCAGAGCUCAGGUGGUUAUUCUCGAACACAAGAGUAUUAUUUGUGCGGGGUACAGUGCCGUGUUACACAUCCACGCAUGUGUAGAGGAAGUCCAGUUUGUGUCUCUCUUGGCAUUGCUCGACAAGAAAGGACAGAAAAGCAAACAGCAACCGAGAUUUGUAAAACAGGACCAAGUUUGUAUUGCUGACUUGGAAGCUGCUGGUAUUAUUUGCAUCGAAGAGUUCAGCGAGUUUCCAUCUAUGGGACGGUUUACAUUGAGAGAUGAAGGACGAACCAUUGCUGUUGGGAAAGUUUUGAAGCUUGUCGAAUAAGAGACUGUUAGCAGGUUAAUUUUUGAUGUUUAGUUCACCAGCUGUAAUUACACUUCUGAAAUUGACAGAAUCAGUGUGAACUAGAGUUUGAACUUUGAGAAAUAAAUUGCCCUGCUCUGUGCACA